AGAUUGCUGUGAAAAAUAUUGUCAAAGUUUUACUCUCAAGCACGUUUUGAACAAUGGCAUCCUUUUUGAAGGAACAAGUUCCUGAAACUCCAGAUCCAUCUGAUGAUGAAGCAUUAUCUGCAAGUAAGGAACAUUCUAUUGUGGACUCUUCAAUAGUUCAUGAUUCAGAUUUCUCAGUGGAGGAUCUAGGUGAUGAAAACGAGGAUGACAGUUUUAUCGUACCUGCACAGAGAAGAAAUGGGCCAAUUAUCAUAGAUUCUGACUCGGAUUCUGAAGAGGAAGAUAGUGAUGGAUCAGAUGUGCAAGAUAUUGAUGAUGCAAGUCCAAUUAAGGUAGACAGCAUGGGAUCUUUUAGUCAGUACAAUCAGAGCAAGGACGAAUCAGAUGUGCAAGAGAUUGAUGAUGGAAGUCCAAUUAAGGUAGAGACCAAGGGAACUUUUCAACCGCACGAUGGGAAACAAGAGAGCAAGCAUAACAUAGCCAGCAAGAUGCAUCAAAGCAAAAUUGAAACUGCUAAAAUGACCGAGGAUACUAGUCCAAAGCAGCUAGUUUCAAGUGUUCAGUAUAACGCUCAACAAAGCAAAAUUGAAACUCUACGCUAUUCGUUAGAGAAAAUGAAGAACUUUAUGCGUGAAGUUACUUUGAGUAAACUUCCCGAUGGAGGAAGGUCUGUUUUGGCUCGGCUAGACAAACUUCAGCAGGAGUACAAAUUAGAAGAAUCAAUAUUUAAACAAAUGAAAAUAGACACAACCGAGCAACCCAAACUACAACCGGUAUCCUGGACACAAUUGGAGCAGGGUCUCGGACGCGUCGAACCAAAAACAUUUGGCAAAAAAGCUAUGCAAACUCUUAAUGUACAGAAGGCCUUGACUAUGGAUCGUUUGGAACAAUUACACGGAUCGUUAAAAAGUUGUCCUACUGCAGAAACGGAAAUUGACCAGCCGGAAGGUCUAAAGGUUGAGCUGAUGUCUCAUCAGAAACACGCGUUGGCUUGGCUAAUGUGGCGCGAAAAGCAGAAGCCACCUGGCGGUAUCUUAGCGGAUGACAUGGGCUUAGGAAAAACUCUUACAAUGAUCUCGCUAACUCUGAAAGUUUUGCAACAGGAAGAGGAAGAUAAUGAAAACGAGGCCCCUGGGAGAUCGUCUAAAUAUCCCGGCGGAACUUUGGUAGUGUGUCCGGCUAGUGUAAUCUACCAGUGGGAAGCUGAAAUUAAAAAACAUGUAAAAAAAGGUUUACUCACGGUAGGAAUGUAUCAUGGGGGUGACAGAGAUACAAAGGCUAAAAGAUUGGCCAAGCAUAAUAUAGUGCUCACCACUUAUGCGCUGGUCAUGAGCGAUUUUCAAAAAGACGGUCCUUUAUUUAAAGUGAAAUGGCGCCGUAUCAUUGUAGACGAGGCGCACCAAAUCAGAAACUAUAAAACAAAAACUGCAGUUGCCAUGUGCGAGCUAUCGGCAAGGUCGAGAUGGGUGCUAACCGGAACACCAAUCCAUAACAAAGAACUGGACUUGUACUCCUUAUUAAAGUUUUUACGAUGCUCACCAUUUGAUGAUUUGGCAGUUUGGAAAAGGUGGGUGGCAAAUAAACAGGCUGGAGGUCAAGAUCGCAUGAACACGGUUAUGUCGUCUCUUUUGUUGCGUAGAACCAAACAGGAGCUGCAAGAGAAAAAAAUGUUAAAUUCCCUACCGGAAAAGUCUUGGACACUUGUAUCGGUUAAUUUGGAUAAGGAAGAGACUAGUAUUUACCAAAAGAUUUUGAUCUUUUCGCGAACGCUUUUUGCUCAAUUUUUGCAUCAGCGUGCAGAAAAGAGGGAUGAGUUGGCUCCACCGACUGCCAAACCAAACGAAGAGUAUUAUAAAAUGCAUAAACAUCUUCUCAAGUUAAAUAGGGUCAAAGCAGUAACACAGACCGAGAUUUUAAUGUUAAUUUUGCGCCUUAGGCAAAUCUGUUGUCAUCCUUCGCUAAUUACCAACAUGUUACAGGGCGAGGAAAAUUUAGAUGACGAAGACAUACAAGGGGUGGAUGAAUUAAAUCUUCUAGAACAAUUAAAUAAUUUAAACAUAAAUGAAGAGGACGCGAAUGACGUCCCCGACGAAAAUAACACGUUAGGAUUAGCAGCCGCUUCCCGCAAUUUGCUUAAUCCGUCUAAUCCAAUUUUUGCGGAGGACAGGCAAAGUAGCAAAAUGAAAGUGAUGCUGUCGUUGAUCAGGGAAAGUAUUGAUAGCGGUGACAAGAUCAUUGUCGUUUCGCAGUGGACGAGAGUGCUUGAUCUACUGACAAUUCAAUUGAGAGCUUGUCGUUUGGAGCAUUACCGGCUGGAUGGGUCUGUACCGAUUCAUAAACGAAUGACGCUUGUUACCAAUUUUAAUAACCCAAAAGAUGGAGUGAAAGUCUUUCUGUUAUCGCUAAGUGCCGGAGGGGUCGGAUUAAAUUUAAUCGGCGGAAAUCGUUUAAUUUUAACCGAUCUUCACUGGAAUCCCCAGUUGGAAAUGCAAGCACAAGAUAGAAUAUAUAGGGUCGGCCAAACGAAACCUGUAAAGAUUUUUAAGAUAAUGGCGUUGGAUACGAUUGAGGAACGAAUAAAGCAAUUACAAAAAAACAAAUUAGAGAUGUCCGAUAAAGUGUUAUCGGGGGUUCAAGUCGGGGAGCAAAGCAAGCUGUCGUUAAAUGAUAUAAAAUUGCUUUUUAAUAUGUGAUGUACGUAAGAUUUUUAUAUUCUUAAAUUACUUUUUUAAUGUACAUAGUUAAGGUCUAAAGAUUGGUUAAUUAAAAUAUUUUGUAAAUUUUUUUUAUACAGUACUGCAGGAAAUAUAAGUCAUGUUGUCUAAGCAGAACUAUAA